GCUAAUGGUAGACGCUCGGUUUUUAUAUGUAGUUGUGACGUACCAGAGAUCUGUCCUAGAGUAGAAGCGAACUGCGGUAUCGAGAGGGCUGAGUCCAAUCACAUCCGCGACCGUGACAGAUCAAUUUAUGUUUCUAUGGUAACAACGUCGGUGUGGUCGUUCUGAAUGUCUUGACAGGUGUUUGUGAUUUUUUUUUGUAACAUCUAAACAGCAUGUAUGCUAAAGGUAAAGGCUCUACCGUACCUUCAGAUGCCCAAGCAAGAGAAAAGUUAGCAUUAUAUGUUUAUGAAUACUUGUUACAUGUUGGGGCACAGAAAGCAGCACAGACUUUCCUAUCAGAGAUAAGGUGGGAAAAAAAUAUCACACUAGGAGAGCCUCCAGGAUUUCUACAUUCAUGGUGGUGUGUCUUUUGGGAUUUAUAUUGUGCAGCCCCUGAAAGAAGAGACACAUGUGAACAUUCUAGUGAAGCAAAAGCAUUUCACGAUUAUGGUUUUGUCAAUUCCGGUUAUGCAGUAAAUGGAAUUGCACACAAUCCUACGGCGCCAAGUCCGCUAGGUCAAAUACCGCCAAAUGAUGGUAUGCCUGGUGGUCCCAUGGCUCCAGCGGGCUUCUUUCCUAAUUCUCACAUGAGGCCCUCGCCACCACAGCAGCCGGUGUCGCAGCCGUCCCCUCACCCGCAGCCCCCACCCCCACACAGUCAGAUGCUGCCAAACCAGCCAUUCAUGUCGCCGAGGUAUCCAGGAGGGCCGAGGCCAGGUGUACGAAUGCCCCAGCAGGUUGAAUUUAAUCCUCCAGGUGGUGUUCCAGGCCAGCCUAUGAUUCCUAAUAGUAUGGACCCCACUAGGCAAGGUGAUGGAGGAGAGUUUGUUGGUUGGCAAGGUCCUCCCGGUAUGAACCCUAUGAAUCCUCGUAUGAACGCUCCCAGAGGGCAGCCUCUUCCCAUGAACCCAGGAAAUUAUGGAGGUAUGAGGCCGCCACCUAAUAGUACUAUGGGUCCUGGUGGACCAUCCAUGCCACCUAUGUCUAUGCCUGGAGGUCCUGGUGGGCGUCCUUGGCAACCUAACACAUCAACAAUGAAUUAUUCUUCAGCAUCGCCUGGAAGCCAUUAUGGGGGUCCUCCAGUAUCUAGUACAGGUCCCCCUGGUCCCGGUACGCCUAUAAUGCCCAGUCCACAAGGUUCAUCAGGUCCUUACUCCCCUGCCAGUCACCGAAUGAACACUUCUACGCCACGAAGAGAUUCUACAAGUUCUGGUGGGGAAAGUAUGUAUGCAAUGAUGAAACCAGUUCCGGGCGGAAGCCUACCAGGGUUCCCAAUGGGACCAGGACCAGAAGGACCAAUGGGAUCUAUGGGACCAGAAAUGGGUCCACCAGUCAUGAAUGGAAUGUCAUCUGCAGGUGAUACUUUAGAUGGCAUGAAAAAUUCUCCAGCCAAUGGACCCGGUACACCUAGGGAAGAAGGUCCUUCUAUGGGUGAUUAUGGUAUACCUGGUUAUGGACAAGAAAAUGAUCAGAAUGAAUCAGCGGCAAUACUAAAAAUUAAAGAAAGUAUGCAGGAAGAGGCAAAAAGGUUUGAAAAAGACACGCCUACCGAACAUCCUGACUAUUUCAUGCAAUAACUCAUAUUUGAGUACAAGUCAUUGGGACUCAUUAAUUAUGUAGCUGUUGAAAGAAGACUAAAAGGCUCCAAAAAAUGUGAACGAAAAGCGAUUCAAUGGCGCUUUUCUAACACUCACGUCACAUAGGGGGAAAAUUAUACAAAUUAAGUUGACUCAAUCAGAUCCUUUUACCUUCCACUUCUUGUAUAGAAUUAUGUUGUUUCUUGUGUUUGUGUGCACCUGCCCCCCUCCUUCUCUCAUCCUGUAAAGUUUAAAAAAAAAAAAGCAAAAUACACUGAGAAAACUUAGUUUUUUCUCACUUCCAUUUGUAAUAAAAACAACAAAAAAAGCUCUCCUUUCUCUUAUCUUAUCACUACUCUUUUUUGUGAUGAAGAAAAAAUGUAAGAUAAAAUCAUAAACAUUGUAAUAUUUACAUUCAGGAAUGCAUAAAUAUGUAUUUUUAUCAUUAUCAUUGUUUACAAAACAAUGACUGCAACGUGUAAUACUCAUCUCCUCUAGUAAGCAUUUCGUCUCUUGUAUUCAUGGCAUUGUUGGACGCAUUUAAUAUGUACAGAGUAUUCUACAUCGCUGACUAUGCAAACAAAGACCAAAGCGCCAUUUUACUGCCCCCUCCCUUUUUUUUCCGAAACUGAUGUGAUGUUUUCCAGUGGAUUUUAAAGGAUGUCGGACGAGACUAUCAACUUUAGUGUUUGAUUAUUGGGAUCAAGUUUUUUCAUAUAAAAUGUCUAAGGACUAUCUUUUUUCCAUUUGUACUAUUGCUGCUCAGUAUUGUUAUCUAUAAGUCAUAUCAUUCAUUGAUAUAGCUUCAUUCAUAGAUUUGAGAACGAAAAUCUACUGUUAACCUGAACAAAAAAAGAAGAGAAAAUAGUGAAGAAGUUAACGUCUACCUUAAAAAUAUUUUUUUUUCCUUUUAAAGUUUUACUUUCGUUGUGUUGAAUAUAUUUCAUACGAUCACCUCCCUUUUUUAUUUAAAUUUUUUUUUUUUUAAUUUUCAAACACUAAAAUGUGUUGUAGAUGUUAUCAGAUUCAAAGCCUGUUUAUGUGCAACAUUCUGUACAAAAAAAGAUUAUAUCUUAUAGUUCUUAGAAACGAGAAGAAAAAAACUAUCCAAUAAGAGCUAUAUUCGUAAACACAUUUCAAAUGUCAUGUUUCAUCAUGAUAAUGCAAAAAUACACCCGUGCAUUUUGUGACAUUCCGAAAUCGCUGACCAGGCAGGUCUUGGAAAAGCAAAUGCAGUCUAAAGAUUGCAAUUGACAAACUAUAUAAUAAAAGAGUUACUGAAAGCCCAUUGUUUAAAAGCAAAAAAAAGACUGAUAUAAUGGAAGUGUUCACGAUUUUCUGUGACCAAAAAAAUUUGUAAAUAUUAUAUAUCCGAGAGUACUGUGUAACUGAGUAAAAUGUGCUGGCUAGAGUUUAUAAUGAUUUUCAUUCCUUGUACAUUCAACAUACUUCUUUGAAACAUGGUUAAUGCUUUAUUUUAAGUGUGAGUAAAAUUCCAGUAUGAAAUGAAUGAAUUACUUAAUGAAAUGUUGACUCUUUUUCAUGUAAAUAGAACUUUUUAAAAAUAGUUCUUUGGAAAUAAUAGAAUUUUGAAAUAUUCUUGUAAAAGGUUUUAAAAAAUUGUGUAUCGCAAUAUCUCUAAAGAAUAAUUUUAACUUUUAAAACUAUUCGUCCGAACAAAGAUUUAAUACAUUUAAAUGUUAUUUGCAUGAAGGUGUUUUUUUUUUUCCCUGGAUAGAAUAAAAUUGAAUUUGCUUUUGAUUUUAAUCAAUUUAAAAUUUAGGGGUUAAAAAUUGUUUAAAAAAUAAAUACCAUCUAUGUAUCAGUAUUUGUUAUUUAUAAAUUUAUGUAAAUUAAUAAUACUUAAAUUGACUAUGUUAAAUAGAUGAAUUUUUAUAUAUAAUAUGUAACAAGAGUUUUGUUAACUAAACUUACUUAUAACUCAAGGAUUUAUUUUAAAAGCACCUUAAUUGUUCAGAAUCUAAAUUUUAAUUAUAUUGUUAUUGUCUAAAUAAAUCUUUUUAUUGCGUGUAGAAUUUUUUAUUUUAAAAAAACAGGACUUUUUUUUUACUAAUUUGUUUUUAUUAAUGUAAAUUCAUAAAGGAACAUCUAUACAUAUAGGAUGGGCAAACUUAGGAAAACUAUUCUUUCUGCAACAUUUUAAAAAAGCAUUUUUUGUUUACUUUUUAUGUGAAAGUUAGUUUUUUAUUCAUCAUUACUAAUGUUUUCAUAAAAAAAGUAAUUUUUAAAUUGUAUUUACAAUAUGAAUAAUCAUGAAUGAAAGAUAAAAGGUUACACAAAAUACAAUGCUUCAGAAGAUUUUAACUUUUUUUUUAAUUUCAUAUAAUUAAAACAUAAUAUUCAUUGACGAAUUCAUACUGUUUUGAAUAAUCAAUUAUAUAUUUUUUUUAAAAAAACCAUAAAGUAAUGGUGAAAUACAAUAUUUCUAUAUUUUCAGGAUAGUUUAAAAUUUUAGAUGGCAUUUUUUUUUAAACAAUCUUUUAAAAUAAUUCAAAAUUUCAAGGAGCUUGUUACUUUCAAAAAUUUUAUAGCAUGAAACUAUAUUAUCUGUAUCGAUUAUAACGAAUAAAACACCUAAAACCUGCCAUAGGAAUUAGGUUUUCCUCAAAACUUCUAAAACAUUAAGGAUAUCCUGGAGUCUUUUUACUUCCUCAUCUCCUAUUUUAAUCUAUAGAGAAUUAUAUAAACAAUUCCACAUUUAUUAAGUUGCUAAUUAAUAUUUUUUUAUUUCAUUUUAUUCAAUAAAAUGUAUUUUAUAUGACUUAAUGACAGAAUUUUAAUAUUUUAGGAAUACAGAAUUUUAAUUCAUUUUAUUCAAUAAAAUGUAUUUUAUAUGACUUAAUGACAGAAUUUUAAUAUUUUAGGUUUUUUUUGUUUUUUUUUUUAAAUUUUUUCUAAAUAUAAGGUUCAGACCUUAAUUUUUAAAGUUACCAACAGUUUUUAGUAAUUGCUAAACUUUAUCAAAACUAAUUUAGUAGCUUAGAAUUUUUAUUUAUUUUUUUUUUUUAAAUAUUCAAAAGCUAGAAUCUGUUAACUAAGUUCUAUAAAAUACAUUUGAAGGAAUGAACGAAGCAAAAAAGAAAGCCCCAAAAUAUUAACUAAAGACUUAAUAGGAAACUUGUUUUUAUAUAAUCCUCUAUUGCAGUGGUUCCCAUAGUUUUCACAGACUACCAAUUUUAGAAAAAUAAGAAAAGAAAAAUUUUGAAUCCCAUCAACUACUAAAUAUAGAAUAUAAGGACAAAUAGACACCUAUUAUAUAGGAAUGACGAAUAUGUACACUUUUUUUUUAUUGACUACGGGCUAUGGAGAGCUUUAGAAUGACGCCACAUCUUACUAAGACAGUGAAUUGUCCCCAAAAAAUAGACUCCAAGAUUUAUCAUGACUUUGAUUCUAGACCAGCAUCCUUGACCCAGAACCACCAUGGUCUACAGGUUGGGGACCACUGCUCCAUAGGUUAACAUAUUAAGAGGACUGGAAAGUAAUGUCGUUUCGUUGUUUUUAUCAAGAUUUUAUUUUUAAUCAAUAAUAUAUUCACCAUCAUUAGCAACAAUCUUUCAGUGCCGGAGCGGAAAUGGAUCGGGAAAAGAUUAAUCGAUUUUUAAGAUUGAGGAAUAUUUAAUGUGCCGAAACGACAUUACUUUCCGGUCCCCCUAAUAUAAGAAAUCUAAUUUAACUCCAAGUCACCCUUAAUACUUUAAGGUUUUCGGGCUAUUCAAUAAAUGAAGUUUUUGUGGGCCUUAUACUGUUAUGAAACAAUAUAGCAAUCGUCAGGUCGAUGAUCAAAAGUUUAUAAUUUUGUGGACUGUACAUAUCAUAAAAUGUUCAUGUUUAGCUUUAGAAGAAUACCAGUGCCCUCUUACGAUGUACAUACUUUAUACAUAGAAAAAAAUUUUAAAUGAUUAUGAAUCAUUCAUACUGGAAUAUUCCUCGCAGCGUUGUCAGUUGGAAUAACUAGAAUAGACACAAAUUUAUUGCCAAGAAAUAAGUACAUAUAUAGAAAACUGCUGUAAAUGUUGCCGAGAGAGUGACAUAUUUUAUAAAGAAUAUAUCCUUGUACAACAUGAUCAUUCAUUUGUAUUGCUCACACAUCACAGAUUAAAGAACUUUUAA